AUGGCAGCAGAGGCACCUAAACUGGCUGCUGAAAGGAAGGCGCAGAAUCUGUACAUGCUGUACCAAAAUGUAUCCAGCUCCGCACCCGCGGCGGCGCCGGCCCCUCCAUCCCGGCAUGCCCGCGGUCCCCAUUGCCGUCUGGGCCGCGUCCCCAGCUCCGGUGUCCGUGAGAGCUGGAGGCAGCCGAGCUGCGCUCCCCGGGACGGGCCUCCCUGUCGUGGAUGUCCGCGGGCUCCGGGUGAAGCCGUGUCACCCCCUACCCCAGACCCGCGGGUCACUGUGCCGGUUCUCUGUUGGAAGGAAACGAGCCGCCUCGCUUCCCAGAUCAGGAGACUCUACGGGGCAAACAAGCGGGCCGAGAAGCCGUUUUGGCUCUGUCUGACGGAGUUUGUGGUGGGCUCAUUGAUCUAUGAAGAGUGUUUUCGCAUGAACGACGGUUUUUCCGAUUAUUUGAUGGAUACAACUCCAGAAAGUUACCUGGACCUGUUUCCUUUAGAUGCAAUUGUUUAUCUCACUCCUGAUUCUCAGAAUGUCCUUGAAGAUAUUGAUCCCAGUAAAGUGUACGUCCUGGGAGGCCUGGUGGAUGAAAGUAUUCACAAGAAGCUGACCCUGCACAGGGCAGAAGAGCAGUCCUUGCAAACAGCCCGCCUCCCCAUUCGAGAGUAUAUGGUGAGAGCCGUUAACACCAAGAACUACCACUCAGAGACCCUGGCAAUUAACCAAGUGUUUGAUGUCUUAUCAACUUACUAUGAGACCCAAAGCUGGCCAGCAGCCUUGAAAGCUGGAGUUUCUACCGGAAAAGGCUAUGUUCUACCAGAUGCAGUGAAAUAAGUGGAAAUAGCUCACCAUGAGAAUGUGCAAGAAAAUUGUUUAUUUUGUGAUGUUAAGAAGCUCUGCAAAGAAGAGAGGCAAACUCCAAAUUUCAAGCAGAGGCACUGGUAUGAGUGUGCAUAGAGAAAACAGCUCUGCUUAAAUCUUAUGUAAGGACCUUGUUGAGAGUGACACGUUCUACCUCAGCGGUACAACGCUGGAGACUACUUUUCUCUUUGAACAGAAAACAGAGAUGAUGGAGCCCUGGGAUC